AAUGGGUGGGUUGGGUUGGAGAAAUUUCCAUUGAGCAUUUCGUUUUUGCCUCUCUUCGCGAUUGUUCGUUGUCCAUGUCAACAAUGUCGACUGUUCGCGCCGCCACCGCCGCCGCCUUCAAGGUGCUCGUCUCGCAUCCAAAUGUGCCGGCGCCCGCCUUGGAGCUGCUACGUUCCCGCGGGGCAGAGACAAUCAUCUGCCAAAGUGUGCCGCCCUGCAGGGAGGAGAUUCUCCAGAAGGUGAGCGGAGUGGAUGCCAUCUUUUGGGCGCACUAUCAGCCACUGAAUGCGGGAAUACUGGAUGCAGCUGGAGCACAGCUAAGGUGCGUCAGUACUAUGUCAUCAGGAAUUGAUUUUGCCGAUGUGCCGGAGUUUAAGCGGCGCCAGAUCCCAUUGGGUCACACCCCUGGAGUGGUAAAGAACUCGGUAGCGGAUCUUGCCAUUGGCCUGAUGAUUGCAGCGGGUCGUCACUUUCAUGCCGGUCGCAGCGAUAUCGAAAGUUCCCAGUGGAAGACGGAACUGAUUGACUGGCGCAUGGGUCAGGAAAUACGCGACUCUGUGAUCGGUUUCUUUGGCUUUGGCGGCAUUAGUCAGGCCAUUGCCAAGCGUCUACAGUGCUGGGAUGUGGCCAAAAUCCUCUAUCACACACGCACCCGCAAGGAAAACGACUGCGAAUUCAAGGCUGAGCAUGUAUCCUUCGAGCGGCUCCUCCAGGAGAGCGACUUCCUGGUGGUGGCCGCACCCCUCACAGACGAAUCGCGAGGAAAAUUCGAUGCGAAAGCCUUUGGACAGAUGAAGUCUAACGCAGUGUUCGUAAAUGUGGCCCGAGGGGGUCUCGUCAUUCAAAGCGAUCUGCACGAAGCACUCACCAAAGGGCAGAUUUUUGCUGCGGGCUUGGAUGUUACCACGCCCGAACCACUGCCUGCGGAUGAUCCCAUCUUGAAGCUGCCUAAUUGCGUUAUUCUGCCCCAUCUGGGAACGCAGACAAUGAAGACAACCAUCGAAAUGAGUCUUCUGGCGGCUAACAACAUCCUCAAUGCCAUCGAAGGAAGGCCCAUGAUUAGACCGGCAUAUUGAAAACUUAUAGGAGGAAGUUUUCAGAUAAAAAUUAAGAUAUUUGAAAUCUGAAACAAGUACAAAGGACUUGUAAACUUUAUAUCAGAUCAUGGUGAUCUGUAGGAUGAAAAAUCAUACAUUAUA